UAUCGAUUGAACGAAACAUGCUUCAUGCGAAGUUUCGGACAAUAUCGGGGAACUCCGUUAACUGCUAUCCCCUAACUUGGGGAUCAGUACCUAAAUUGUCACAUGUGAAUAGGCGUACUGUAUGGAUAUCAAGCUUUAUAGUUACUAUAUAUGUACUUGACGGAAUACAAACAUCCCAAUUGACGUAAUGUGGCUACACGAAACAUUAGUGUUGAGGAGGCAUACCCAACCUAUAUCCGAUGAUGUCCGGUCUUUACUUACUCACGUCGAUCUUUAGGUGCCUCAUAUAUUUUUAAGCGCCUUUCUGUAAGUGUCUUGAUAAUACCUCAGUUCAACGACCCCUAAACCGUUGAAUCAACUGUCCAACUUCAAAAUGGCGUCAGCUUCGGUAGAGCCCAACGACCUCUUUGGCGUCAAGGGACUAGUCGUUGUUAUUACUGGAGGAGGAAUUGGCCUUGGUUUGAUGAUGACACAGGCUCUAGAGAGCAACGGUGCGAUCGUCUACAUCAUCGGCCGUCGCAAGGAGGUCUUAGACAAGGCCGUAGCCACCGCUAAACAUGGGAAUAUCCGAGCAAUCCAAGGUGAUGUAACCAGCAAGGCCGACCUUGAGCGGGCCGUCGCGCAGAUCAAAACAGAAGUCGGCUAUGUCAACGUUGUUGUUGCAAACUCUGGUAGAACAGGUCCCAAUGCACCGGAAAUUCUUUCCGAUACCGAUAUCUCCAAGUUUCGUGAUCGUCUACUUGGACUGGACGCCGCUGAGUUCACAGACACGUUUGCCGUGAACGCGACUGGGGUUUUCAACACCGUCAUUGCGUUCUUAGAACUUCUUGAUGCGGGGAACAAAUGUGGUCUAAAACAAAGGAGCCAGGUCAUCGCCACAGCCAGUAUUGGAGCCUAUGUAAGGUAUCCGGUCUCUGGCUUCGCGUACGCACCAUCCAAGGCUGCGGUUGUACAUAUGAUGAAGCAAUUCUCAACCAGUCUCGUGCCAUUCAACAUUCGAUCAAACAUCAUAGCCCCUGGGUUUUAUCCUAGCGACAUGACAACAGGAGUACAACAAAAGGCAGGCGACAAGAAAUUCGUACCAGAACAAAGAUUCGGAGACUCGGAAGACAUGGCCGGUGCGAUCUUGUUCUUGGUGAGCAGAGCUGGCGCCUACAUCAACGGAAAUGUACUUGUAACCGAUGGUGGACGUUUAAGCAUUGUACCUGCUGCUUAUUAGUAGGUUAAAAGGUCAGCGCGGAUCUUCGGUAGCGAGAAUCUCGGUUAUCUGGAUCUAUCAAUAUGACUGAUGGGUUCACCUUGUCAGCUAGAUCAGCCUAGGUUAUGUAGGUAAUACUCAUCUCAAUUUACAU